AUGACCUUAUCGAAUGUAUCGGAAGGAAUGGUUGUAGCAUAUUUCCAGAAUGGGCUGAACGGGAAUGGCUCAAGGGAGACCAGAAAACUAUUAAGUCGGCUUAUGAAAUAUCCUCCAACCAUUUGGGAUGAAAUACACAACGCCUAUUGUGCCGAAGUCCGUGCAGACGAAGAUGACCUGAAUAGGCCAACCCAUAGAUUGACCUCGGUACAAGCCGAAACCAAGAAGGAUCGAAGAAAUGAUGCCAAGAGAUAUCUCACAGCUCCACAAUCCAACCGAGAAAGGCAUCAGCUAUAUGUCAAAAAUGCCAUCAUGAACCCCUCCCGCCACGAAGAGGGACCAUCUAGGCCAAGAACAGGGACUCACCAGAACGAGAGAGACAUUCCAGGUAUCCCGAAAGAGGUCGCCACACACAGGUUGAACGUCGACCCAUUCCACUCCAUGGUGAGGCAGAAAACGGCUCCAUCAGGGAAUCAAAAUAUCCCAGUGGAUCGCCACUGUGGUCAUGGUAAAAAAAAAAAGAACGGAAAGUGGCGGAUGUGUGUAGACUUUACGGAUUUAAACAAAGCAUGCCCCAAAGAAUCAUUCCUGCUACCUCACAUUGACCAGCUCAUUGACGCAACGGCCGGACAUGAACUGUUGAGCUUCUUACAUGCCUACUCGGGCUAUAAUCAGAUCCUUAUGGAAGAGAAGGACCAGGAGAAGACCACCUUCAUUACCCCACCAAGGAACGUAUUGUUACAGGGUGAUGCCCUUCGGACUGAAAAACGCGGGGGCGACAUACCAAAGGUUGGUGACCAAAAUGUUUAA